AUGCUUAUCGACGACGAAGUAGCAUUACGAGAAUGGCUCGUUGCAACACUCGAACCAUUAUGUGAUGCUGAACCGAUCGCCUUAGCUCGUUAUGUUUUAGCUCUCGUUGCCAAAGAUAAACCACUAGAUAAACUACGUGAAAAUUGUAUUGAUCGACUCGAAGUUUUUCUUGAUCGAGCAACGAAAGAUUUUGUUGAUCAAUUAUUUGAUGUGAUUAGAAAUGGUCGUUAUAUUCCGGAAGCAAAAAAAGAAAAUGUUCAACCAAAAGCAAGUGAAACUCAUGAAGAUAAAUCAGGUGAUACAUCUGAAUUGAUAGAACCUCAAGGCUCAACAUCACCAACAAAACAAGAAAAUGAACAACAACAGCCACAGCAAAUUCCAACAACAUCACAAGCUACAUCAUCAUCAGACUAUUCAACAACUAUUCAACAGCAAUCAUCUGGAGUAAUAAUUCAACCUGUGAAACGACGUUAUUCGUAUCGUCCAUCGUCCAAUCGUCAUCAUUCACCAAAUCCUCGUCGUCAUGUGAAUACAAGUAGUGGUGGUGCUAAUCGCCAUCAAACAUCAUCUCAUUAUCGUCCAACAACAAAUUCAAAUAAUCAACGCUCGCAUCGUUCAUCAUCCCGUUCUCGUUCGAUAUCGCCACCACCAGCUAAACGUACACAGCGUUCCUAUUCACAUUCAUCCACCGGUUCAUCAUCACGUUCAUCGCCAUCACGUCAAACAAGUACAAGUCAUCAACCACCAUCAACAACAGCAAAUACAAAUUUUUUAUUCAAAAAGAUUCCAUGUACUGAUUUUUUUGAAAAUAAAGGCUAUUGUGCUCUCGGAGAUUCAUGCCCAUAUGAUCAUGGUACUAAUGCUGUUGUUUUUGAACAACAACACCAACAACAAAAGCAGCAGCAGCAGCAGCAACAACAACAACAACAACAGCAGCAACAACAGCAUCAGCAUCAGCAACAGCAACAUCAACAGCAGCAGCAACAACAAGCCUAUUAUCCAUCGUAUCAACAAUAUGGUAUGCCACCACCUCAUCUUCAUCCACACUAUCAAGAAUAUAAUCCUGAAGCUCCUGAUUUAAAACAUGGACCACAUCCAGUUCCACCAAUGUUUAUGAGGCAUCCGAUGCAUCAUCAUCCACGUAUGCAAGGACCACCAUUACCACAACAAGGACAACCACAACUGUCUCAACAACAGAUGAUGAUGAAUCCUCAACGUACACUUGUCACUGUUGUUACUAAUGCGGAACCAUUACCACUUGAACAAAAAAUGCGACAAAAUGAUCCAAUGGGUAUGCAACUUUGCCCUAUUCCCCCGCCGAUUCAUAACAAACGACAUAUUUCUACUGGCGCGUAUCCUAUGGAACGGCGAACACAACAACAACACCAUGAACAUUCAUCGAAUAAUGAUUCCAAUUCUAAUACUGCUAAUAACAAUAACAAUAAUAAUAAUAAUAAUAAUAAUAAUAAUAAUAAUAAUAAUAAUAGUAGUAGUAGUAGUAGUCAUCCAAGCAACAAUAACAACAACAACAACAACAACAAUAAUAAUAAUGGAUAUGUAAAUCGAGGAUGGAAACGUCCAUGGCAAAAACCUGAUGGGUCAGGAUCCGCACCAGCUACACUUGAAAUACGAAAAAUUCCCGCUGAAUUUAAUACCAUUUCAAAAUUAAAUGAACAUUUUAGUAAAUUUGGUACAGUAACAAACGUUCAGAUUGCUUAUGAUGGAUCGUCUGAUUCAGCUCUUGUUGCCUAUGCAACAUUGCAUGAAGCUGAAACAGCAUAUAAAAAUCCUCAACCAUUGUUUAAUAAUCGUUUCAUUAAAAUAUUUUGGCAUAACAGUAAUAAGGUACAAUCUUCUGGUAACAAUAAUAACAAUUCUAAUCAACCAGCACAACAACAAAAACCAUCAUCAACAGAUGGCUCAUCAACCAAAAAACCGACAAGCAAUGCUCCUAACCCAAUGAAGGUUCAUUGGAUGAAAAUGCAACAAUUAUCAGGAAAUAAAUCUGAACAAAGUACAGCACCAACUAGUAAAUCUGAAGAAACAAAAACUACUCCUUCAUCAACUCCAACAACAGUUGCCAAUGUACCACCAACAAAUAAGUCAACGAUCGUACCAACAUCUAAAAAACCGACGAUCGUCUCAGCGACUAUGACGAAAAAAGAUGCAGCCAAAAAAGCAACUAUGGAAAUUCAUCGUAAAAAACAAGGUUUAUUAGAAGAACAAAUUCAACAACAGAAAACACUUUUAAAGAAACUCGAAACAGCUGAAACACACGCUGAAAAAGAAUCAAUACGUGCAUUAAUGAAACAAAUUAAUUCUACAAUCAUUAAGAUUAAAGAUUCACUUAGCAUAACACCACCAAUUAAAGCAUCAUCAACAACAGUACCAGCAAAGUCAACAACAACAACAGCACCCCCUGCAACCAAAAUUAGUCAACAAGAUGUACUUAAACAACGUGCGCAAAUUUUACAAAAGCAACUUGAAUCUCUUCGAGCUAAAACAUCAGCAGAUAUGCGUCGUGCAAUGAGUAAUACAUUAGGUCAACCAUCAUUAAAUUUCGCUCAUGUUCUUAAUGAUAAUGAUUCUACAAUAAAAUCUUCAUCAGAUAGUAUAUCAAAAUUGAUUGAACAAACACAAUCACAAAUUACUAUAAAAAAUGUUAAAGACUUGCCAAAAAAUGAAUUAGAAGAAUUUCUUAAGAAAUCUGGUGCUUCCAAAAUUCAGUCGAAUGAUAAUGAUGAUUCAUUACUUGUUAUAUAUCCUACAAAAUCUGAUGUCGAUAAAGUUCAAAAAGAUGGAUUAAAAUUUAAUGAUCGUACUCUUGAUAUAUCUUUAAAUGAAGAUUCAUCGUUGAAUACCAGUGGUAAAAAACGAACUCUAUCUGAAACAAUGGAAGACGAACUACUCGGAGCAACAUCUACUGAAACAACGAACAAUGAUGAUGAUGAUGAUGAUGGUGGUGAUGGUGAUGAUGAUGAUAAUAAUGAACCAGAAGCAAAACGAAGACCUCAAAAUCAAACCAGUGAUACUGAAGAUAAUGAAGAAGUUGAUGAAUAUGGUGAUGAAGAAGAACGUUUAUUAGCCGAAAGUGGAAAAUUAACCGAUGACAAACAAAUUAAACAUCGAAAUAUUUCAUUGGAUAAUAAUGAUGAAUCCAAUCAACAAUAUGAAUUCGAACCCAAUGAUCUUGUCGAUGAAAUACAACUACUCGAUUCUUGA